AUGAAAACCUUUGCCCUACUACACAAGUUGCAAGUGCACAACUUAGCGCUACAGGAGGAUGAAUACGAAGGCCUCUGUUUCUUCUCCCUAUGUGUCAGCAAUGGAAUUGUUUACGUCGGUUCAUCUAAUGGGAGGAUCUUCCUUUUUAAGAGAAGAGGGCGUUGCUUAUUCCAACCUUUUCUUUUCCACAGUGUCAUUAGGAGUCACACAUCUAGAAUAGUAACGAAGAUAUUUGCCGUGGAGCGCCUUCACCUCCUAAUUCACGGAACGGAUAAAGGGGGCAUCUACAUCCUGCGGAGUAAUAAGUUGGACAAGAGAAAAUGUUUAAGCACGGAGAGGGGAAAAAAGGAAAGGGUGCGCAAAUUGAUGAGUCAUUUUCAUAAAGGGGCCAUAACGAGUAUAAAUUGUGUAACGGAGGAGGAUCUCAGAUGCAGGCGCGGAAGGAGUGGCGGGAAUUCUGAGGGAACGUCUUUAUACGUAUUUGUGGGAGACCAGCAGGGUGUGCUCUCCUGCAUCGUUCUAAAGAAAAAAGGGUCGAGAGUAAGAAGCGAGGAGAAUAUUCUCCUUAUCGAUAAGACAAAUGGGCCCAUUAGCCACAUAGAAAUUGAGCGAGACAGAAUUUUGGUAACCUGCCAAAGGGCUAACAUCAUUAUGAAUGUAGAAGAUGUGAUUGAAAAGAAGAAGGUUAACUUGUGCACCAUUGGGAAAAAAGAAAAUAGGAGUUAUUAUCGGUCUGUAUUCUGCAACGCCAAGGGGGGGAAGGGGGGACCGUUUAUUUUGAGUUUGAGAAAAAAUGGGCGUGUGUGGUUAAGCCAUGGGGAGAGGGUGAAAAACACGCUGGUUUUUUACUACCCCUCUGUUUAUUUUUUUUACUUGUUUUUUAGGAGGGGGGUUAGCGGCGAAGUCAAUGGUAUGGAUAAUAGCUGGGUGAGUGAUGGUGUUCGCCGUGAAGAUAGCCCAAAUGAUGGUGGUGGAGCUUCCCUCCCAUUCCAUGUGUAUCAAAAGAAUCUCAUUAAAAACAUUCACUUGACAACUCUGCUAAAGAAAAUUUUAAAGAAAUUUACAAAUUUCCUCCUGCCGUUAAGACCCAAUGCGAACGUAUGCUACAAGAUAGAUAAGGAUCACUUUGUCCUGUGUGAGUUGGCAAAUCCGUUCAGCUCCUCCCCGAGUGGCUCCCCAGAUGGAUGCGUCCAUAAGUUGCUAAGGAAUGAGGAGCAGAAUAAUCUCGAUAAUUUGCGAAAAGAUUUGGAUUUGAUAAGAAGUUUCAUUGAAGAAGAGUUGGAAAAUGGAAGGCAAGUCGUAGGGAGGGGUGGAAGGGAAGACCAAGUGAGUAGGGAGAAAACAAAAUGUCUAACCUUCCUACUGAACAAUUUGGACGAUGCAGAAAAUAUUUUACGCAGAAUUAAGAGCAAGAAAAUUAUGAUGAUGAAUAUUAAGAACAUCGAAAUAGAGGAGAUAGUGGAUCUCCAUGUGGAAUCCUUUCCCUGGGGAUGCAACAACAGGCGAAAACAGAUCCAAUGGGGGGAAUCCGAUUGCACAAGUAACAAGAGUGCACAUACGUUGGACAAACAAGAAGGGAAAGGAACGCAGGGGAAGAUUUACUGUGAGGAAGAAAAUAAAAAGUUGUCCGUCCAGGAGGACAAUACCAAACAAUGCGUUUUGCCAAAAGAUAGAAAACAUAUGAACUUUAUAUCCCCAAAUGAAUCCCUCCAAAAUAAGGGAACAGAAAAUAAAACACACAGAAGAAGGAAUCCUUAUUGGAAAUAUUUGCACCCUAAUGAGAUAAUCGACUCGGUAAAGUGGAAAAAGGAAAUUUUUCUGUUAUAUUAUAAUCCAGAUUUGGAAAGUGAUUUUUACGUUGCGCAAAAUAUAAGUGAGGUUUCUUUCUCACAACAGGAUGUGAUACCAUGGAAGGGAGUCCAAGAGGUAGAAGAAGACGCCGGUGAGGGUAAAGCACAAAAGGGGACACACUUCUACCUGUGUGAAGUGUACACUGAGGAGAACUUCGAAUUGGCAAAGUAUCUCCCACGCGAAAUAGAAAAAGUAACUCAUUUGGAGAGGUACUCAUUCCACAUUCUGCUGUUCCAUGUGAGUUAUUUUUUUAAAUACCUACACGCAAAAAGGGAUUCCCUAGAUGCAAAUUUUCUUUUCCACGUGGAGAAGGAACUUGUAUCAAUAGAAGAAGCCCACUGUUUGGACGACCAAAUAAAUAAGAUGCUAUUAAAAAACAUCGAAGCCGCAAAAAGGAAUAUAAGGCAUUCAUUUUGCAUGGCCCAGAAGAUGAAAGGAACUGGGUUGGAUUUGAUCACUGAUAAUAAUUAUCUACAGGGGGUGGACUUCUUCCGCAAUAUUCAUGCUCCUGUUAACCCCACCUAUUUACAUGUCAAUAUGAAGAAGGCAAAGAAAUUGUACAGCCUUAUGAGGAGCACAGUGGUGAAGUAUAUGGCCGUGUUUUCUCAAGUUGUUACGUUUGAGGUGUUUCCAGAUACACCUUGUAAGGGGCACCUUCCGUAUGCAAACGACUUCAACGUUAUAAGUUGUGUAACACUCAUUCGAAAUACCCCCCACUUGUUGUUUCAAUUUUUGCACUACUUCCACAUUUUUGUCUACCUCGAAAUUGUUAUUACGAGUUUUAUAUACAGAGAGAAUUGCUGCUUCAGAAAAUUCCCCAUGUAUGUACCGGAGAGGAGGCUGGGGGGCGAGGAUAAUAUGCCUACCUCACCUGCACAUAUUCAUUCAGAAGUGGGAGCCACACAGAGAGGAAUAGUCAAUCGGUUAACAAGUUACGCACCGGUACAAUUAAAAGGUAUAGAUAGUAGUUCCAAUUUGUAUCCUCACCAGUUUCAGAAUAUUACGAGGAUUACGGACAUCGUUAGGCCAAAGGGAAGAGGCCCAAGUGGAAGAAUAGGAUACGAUUCUUCUGUUGAUGCCCGUGGUGGCUGCUCGAAGAAGCAACACCAUCUGUUAACAGAAAGUGGGGGAACAUACCAAGCAGAAUUUUCAUUUAAUCGGGGAAACACCUUUGAUAUUUUUGAUCGUCUCCUUCUUUUGGUGAAAGGGUGGUCCAAAAAAGUGUGUGCCAAGAGGGAGAGACUUGUAAAUGGGGUCUCUCUUCCAACGCACGAAUCCCAUCUAUCGAGGAAAGAAUUUUUCUUCGAAUGUAACUGGAAGAUAAUUCGCGAGGAGAACCUCCGAAAUGUGCCUCCACUUUUAAACACCUUGUACGCAUAUCGAAGGAGGAAAAGAAGCGUCGUGGCUAAAGUUUGUGGGGGGGGUAUGUGGGCAAGGCGGCCCUGCAGGGAAGGUAUAAGCAAGAAAAUAAGAAGAAGGAUGCCUCCUCAAAUGAAUCGCGUUACACGAUUGUGCCAAGGAGUAGGGCGAACACAGGUGUCUGCCCAUGGAAUUGAUAAAUAUUUGGAGAAAAAGGAGCUCCGGAAUAAUGGAAAAAUUUCUAGCACCCAAAUUGAAGAGGAAAAAGGAAAGUCCACCCCAAUUGGAGUUGAUCCCCCUGAUGAGCUGAUUCAACGACAGCAGAGCCAACUGCAUAAAAUAGUUAACCUAAGGAAGCUCUUAAGAAAUUAUAUGGAAAAUGCCAGUUGGAAGAAAGGCAUCAUUCUAAAGGAUCAUAUGACCAUACAAAACUUUUUAAAAUACGCAGAGAGGUUAUAUUUUUAUCGAAAAAUCACUGAAGGGGUGUACAUAGUAAACCUUAAUGAAUACCGCCACAUUUAUGAGUGUCUCUUUUUAUAUGAUUUAUUUAUAAAGUUGUUUGACACAGAAAUUGUUUUGUUUCGCUUGCACACUAAUUGUAAAGCCAAAAUGAAUUUGAACAGCAACGAAAAUCGUGCGAGGACCAUCCUUUGGAGAACAUCCUCCCGUAAGGUGGAUCACCAAGAGGGAGAGUCUAGCCAAAAUGGCAUGGUAAAAAUAGUGGGAAAUAAAGAAAUGGAAUUUUUCCAAAAAUGGAAUGAACAUAUCAUACGGAAUGACAUCCUGCUGAUGGAUAUUUUGUUCGGAUUUUACUACCACUCAGAGGGAAGCGGAAAUGAAAAUUUGAAGUCUUUCGUCAGGAAGUUUUGCAAUUUUAGAUAUCUAGCUGAGUAUAUUAGUUAUGUUAAGCGGGGAGAACCGAAGGGGAAGGUUAACCAGGCGACGAGCCGAACGUCAGACGGGGCGCCCAACGGGAUAGAGAAUGGGACAAUGAAAGGGCCAACGCAAGGGACUUCCUUCCUCUUCAGCUUCGGUGAAGGAGGGCGUAAUGCAAGCGAUGUAGACGUGCAGACCCAAUGUCGUAUAGGCAACUCCCACGGGGGGGGAAUAUCCCGGUUCCGCAUCUUUGAGAAGCGGUUAGAUAGAUCACGAACUAAAAGAGGCGAAUCCCCCGAAGAGGCAGUAUCGCGACCACAUGGCAAGACAUCUUCUGAACAAAAUUCUUACAAUUUGCUGAAGAAAGUUGAAGCGAAAAAGGAAGAGGGAAACCAUAUGAAAAAAGCGGAAAUGGAAGCAUACCGCCUCUAUGUGAAGAACUUUCUGAGGGUGUAUACCCAUCUAGAUAAGAAGAACCGAUGCACAAAACGUCAGCGGGGUGUCAGCGUAUUCCUUUUUUUUAAAAAUAUUGAUGUGCACAAUUUUUUGAAAGUCGUCUAUCUGCUGUGCAGGGAGAAAUACCACCAUCAGGUCCCCAUUUGUGCAGGGUCGGGUAGACAACCAAAUGGGGAUCUGUUCAGAAUGAAGAAACCCAUUUGGAACUCGCGCAAGGUGUGUGUGCAUAUUACUGACAUUCUACGCGGGUAUGAAGAAUCAAGUGGGUUAAAAAAGGUGAGCAGUGCCUUCCUCGCAUUUGUAAAAGAUUUGAUGGUGGAGGAAGAGAUAGAGGAGCCUCACGUGGAGAUACUUAACCAGCGGAGCAUCCAGUUGUGUCUUCAGUAUGUACGCCAUCUUAUAAAAGGAUCAAGUGUUUACAGGCAUUUGGCAAGAAGGAAAAAGAAAAUGUCCCUCCUGGUGUGUAAAAUGGCAUACCUGUUGCGCAUGCUGAAUUGGAGAAACGCGUUAUCUGCGCUUUUAGGUAUAUACAGGAGUCUCUCUUACGAAGUUCUUUUUUUCAUUCUCCUUUUGGAAAGGCAUUCUACUGAAUUGGGAAGAAGGACUCUUCAUGCCAUCCAUAGCAAUUAUUCUAGGGUGCUAAGGAAGAAUCGAAGUUACGAAGACGUAGUUAUGCAUAUGCUGCUGGACGUCGGAAGAAACAGUGGGCAAUAUUUAAGCAUCAUGAUUAUCACAAUUCUUAAUUACUUUUUUGAGAAUAUAUAUUUUUUAAAAAAUGAAUAUGUAAAUUUGGAGGAAGUUAUAAGGAAAAGGUAUUCUUCAUUAUUUUUGUGUUUCUUCAAAAAUGAAAUGUUCAAGAGGGAAUGCAUUUUUUCGGCCAAUUUGUUUAACUCGUUUCACACAAGUGACAGUUUUAUUUUUUCUGACCAUUCCUUUGUUAAGCACGUUUUUAAACGUUGCUAUAAAUAUAUGAAUUUUCAGAGCCACCAUUUUUUAACUGGGUUAAAUAAUUUGCUAUAUGAUCAUUUUUUGAAAUUGUGCCGUUUUUUUCAAGUAAAUUGUUCAUCUUUUUCUCAUGUGCAUUUCUGUUUUUUUCUGUUAAUAUCUUAUUUUUAUGUUGGAUAUUAUGCGCAUGUUUACCCCCUUUUGCGCUUUUUUUGGGAUACAUUUUCUGCCCUUUUGCCCAAGUUGAAAAUUUUAAAUUGCAAGAAGUGGGAGCCACACAGUUGUGUGAAGAAGGGGGGAGGAGGAGGAGAAGAAGAAGAAGAAUUAAAUGAAAAAGAGGCCCUUCCAACGGGCUAUAGAGAGGAUACCAAAUUUUUCACUCAAAUGAAAUUUCAGAAGGAUGUCAUCCCCUCCGAGGAAUGUCUACUACAUAGCAUUGAUUACCUCGCAAAUUUCUUUUUCGAAAUGUUAAUUAAAUUUCUGUGUGAAGUAAAUCACAAGGUGUGCAGCAAGGAGGUCGAUCUGGUCAUUCAUAAUAUAGGGAAGAACCAAGAAGUGUAUUUAAAAGCGUCUGAAAUUUUGAACAAUUUUUAUGGGUCAUGCGAGAUCGUGUGUAGUAGGUAUGGUGAAAAUGGGAUGGGCAAAACAUUUCACAAGGAUGGAACAGUUACAUGCAGAAGAAAAAAUAUCAGCGUACAAAUCUAUGACCGACGUGGUAAGGCUCACACCCUCAUAGAAAUGCUUAACUACUUUUUUGUGGUGCUCUGCUGUUUGCAGUCGAUAAAACUUAGCCUUAAAAAGGGACGCGCCAUUUCUGUUCGUACGAAUAGGCACUACAGGAAAUAUCUGCUGGCCAUAAUUUUCGGUCUGUUCGUUGGCAUGCCGGAGAGGAGGGGCGAAGGAAUGCGUUGCAGAAUGCCGAACACACGGAGCACAAAUAGCACCACGCAUGGGAGUCGCGAUUUCCAAUUGGAUCGUUUCACACAGAAGGAACGCUCUCUAAGUGUCCUCACCUGCGUGCUCUGCAUAACUCACUUCAUCAGUUAUUUCAAACACGUCAAAGGAGAGGUGAUCAGAAAAUUCAUCUUCAUGCUUGAUUACUUUUUGGCGAACCAAGACUCCCCGAACUUCGAGCAACAAUACUGGGGAUACACACCCCAGAAGAAUAUACACCAAAUUUACAGAACGAUCAUAACAAACUUGCCCACGAGGGUGUUACCUGUUAAGUGA